AUGCCGGCCAAGCUCAAACCCCUGGUUCUUCCCCAGCUGGUGGAGGGGCGCAAGCGUCUGGAAGAUGGACAGUACGCAACCACGGAGAUGGUCGACGGCAGUAUAACUGUCAAAGCCGGCGCCAACAACACCAACAACGCCUACGGUGGCCUGUUCCUUGUCGACAACGCGUCCAUGUCGGACAUCACCUCGCCUGCCACGCCUACCUUCUCACACCGCAGCGGUGGCCUUGGCCACCUGCGCUACUCAAGCUCGACAUCGUCGCUCGAUCUGCCACUAUCGAUUCCGUCACCCUCCGUCUCUGAAUGCCCCGCGUCACCGACCCCUGCCACGGGCCUUGCUGCUGUUGUCGCUGCGGCUGGUGCUGCGACUCUGGCUGGGAGCGCCCCCGUGAAGCGGCCGCUGCCGGACGUGAAAGAGGAACAUCUGUUGGAGCGUGUUGCCGAGGAGCACGAGUAUGGCGAUGGCUUCACACUGUCUCACCGCACUUCGCAUCUCUACCGCUGUUUGUGUGACGAGCCCUGUUCACACGGCCGUGACGACAUUUCGUAUGACCAGCAAGACUUCAUCUACGACCUCGGCUUUGUCAGUGACUCGGAGGCCGCCGCCAACGAGCCCUCUGUUCAGCGACACCGCCACCGUGCCAGCAGCACCGCUUCAGUCAUGUCGCGUGCAUCCAAUGCAACACACGACUCGGCCUUUUCCGGUCUCACCCUCCGCUUCGGCUCGCACAUCCACGCACUGUCCCGGUGGCGCAGCAAGUCGCAUACCACCCGGCGCAACUACGCCAACCUCAUGGCCGCUCCGGCUUCUGAACCGUCGCUGUCUCGCCAGCCCUCUAGCCGUUCAUCUUCUCUGUCGGCCGGCCAGCCGGCCCCCGUCCUCGAGCCUGCGCCAAUCCUGACGCCUACUCUUUCUUCCUACUACGGUAGCACGGAGAGCAUCGAGCACUUUCCGACCUCCGGCAGCGCACACGAGGAGCCGGAGGACGAUUCUCUGUCGAGCCUCGAGCGCGAUCGCACCAAGGCCGCCACGCCCUUGUUGCCACCUUUAAUGACCGAGAGCAGUGCCAUACAGCGUCAGCAACCUGUUUCGCCCCUACCGCCUCCGUCUCUGCAGACCUCGCCGCUUCAGUCGCCCGCCGUCGCGUCUUCCGUGACCUCGCCUGCCGGCGUCGAUGGUCUUUCCAGUUUUCCCCUUACCAGCCCUGUUGCGGACGCAGGCAUCCCGGCCAUGUCCUUGUCGCCGCUAUCACCAACAGCGCCUACGGGCCUCGGGAUCAGUGUUGCAGCCACAGCCCCCACGUCUCCGGCCGAAGUAAUGCAGCCUCCGCCUCUGCGCCGCCAAUUCUCCACGGCCUCGUUCUACGUACCCUUUGGUGCGACCAACGUGCAAAAUGCGUCAGCCUCGGCGGUUACACCAGCGACGUCUGCGCCGAUCUCCGUCCCGGUGUCUGUUGCGCAGGAGCCGCACGACAAGUGGUGCGAUCGUCUGGGUCACGCUAACUACACGAUCCUACCCAAGCCGUACCACUUGGCUGAGGACGACACGACCGACACCCAGGCCUUGCACGCGCUGUGCGAGGACUGGGCGCAGGCGCGCAUCAACUACGCCAAGCACCUUGUGCGCACGGGCGAGCACUACGGCACGACGUCCAACACAUACAUGCUGACCGAGGCCAAGUGGGCGGAGACGGAGCGUGAGUGGCAGCGCGCCCACCAGGCUGCGACAGUGCAUAUUACCAAUGUCCUGACACGCGCUGGCAGCGAUGCCCGCGAGUGCGCAGCGACGCCCGGCAUGCUACCGCCUGUUCAGCACCACGACGUGUCGUGCGUGAUCCCACAGAUCCUGGACAACGCGGAGGGCAAGUUCCCCGGCCUCGGCGACGAGGACAUUGUUGGCCCCAUGGACCGUGUGGAGUACAUGGAGCACGGUGUGCCCGGGUUUCCGGGUCCCUCAGGCGCGCACGGCGAGAAGCACGCCAUGUCGCGGUUUCUGCGCGGUCUGGCUGACCGUGUCCGUCACCGCAAAUAA